AGAAUAAUCAAAUAAAAUAAAAUUUUAUUAUAUUUUAUUAUGUUUAUUGUGUAUCCACAACAACCCAUUUAUUUAGUCUAAUAAACAGUUCCUGUAUAUUAGAGCAUAAACUAUAUUAGAGUACAACAUACUUUUUAAAUAGCCACCUACAUCAGUUUAACCACAAAUAAGAUCGUAAAUUCCAGCUUAAGUUCUUAGUCCAGAUCAAUCAAGAGUCACAGAUUAUAUUAUUGAGACUAUUAACAAAAAAAUUGAAAUAAUAGAUAGCAGAAUAAGUUAAAUUUAGAAUUCAUUACCACCUAAAUAGAAUCACAAUGGAAAUCAUAAUAAAAAAUAGCAUACUAAUACUUCUCAAGAUGAAUUUAAUAGUCCAGUUACACCUAAACGUAAUGCAAAUUAUAAAGGUUAUUUCUUAAACAAAUAUGACAAUUCUUAAGAGAGAAUUAAAAUUAGUAAAAAAAUUUUAGAAGAACAUGAGAAAAAUACCAAAACUAGUAAAUAUACUUAAUCAUCUAAUAAACGAGAUUAAAGUUUUCAAUCACAAAAUAUUAAUAAAUAGUCAACUUACGAUAUUAAUAAAAAAACAACCAUUUCUAAAAAGAUUAUUUAUAUGGGAGAAGAAGCCUUAUUUGAGGGAUAAACAGAUGAAAAAGGUAGAAAAUAAGGAAUAGGAACACUUUUUGACAAAGAUGGUAAAAUUAUAUACACUGGUUAAUGGAAGGAUGAUGUUUUUUGGGGUAAAGGAAAACUAAUGUUUAGAGAGACUAAAUCAUAAAAAUUAUAAUUAAAAAACUUUAUGAACUUUUCUAAUGUUGCAAAAAAUAGAGAAACUUAUAGUGGUAAUUUUGUUAACGGAGAAAUUGAAGGAAUUGGUUAAAUGCAAUUUAUAGAUUGUUAUGAUUAAUAUUUUGUAUUUUAUGGUACUUUUAGAAAAGGAGUAUUUCAUGGAAAGGGAUGUGUAUUAUCAAAUUAAGGUCGUGAAAGUUUAGAAGGAGAAUGGGUAAAUGGUAGACAUACUUGA